UUUAUGGGGGGUGUUCAAUGACCAAACCAAGAAUUUGUUAUUUUCUCGAAAAAUACGAAUAGUAGCGAUGUUUAGUAACGUUUAAAGUUAAAAUUAGCAAUUGUGAAAAAUGCAUGAAACAGAUCCUCCUAUUUUAUACGUUUUAGUAAUAGGGUUCCACCAUAAAAAAGGCUGUCAAGUAGAGUAUUCUUUUCCACCACUUGUCCCGGGGGCACCAAACGAGUGCCCUGCUGGGUGGAAGUAUUUGCCAACCCUAGCAUUGCCAGAUGGAUCUCAUAAUUUUGAAGAAGACACCGUUUUCUUUCAUUUGCCAAGUCUUACUAACCCAAAUCAUACAGUUUUUGGGAUAUCAUGUUUCCGGCAGAUACCAGUCGAUAAACUGAAAAAUAAAACCUCGGAUAUAACCAGAACAACUGUUCAAAAAUCAGUAUGUGUCCUAAGCCGAAUACCUCUUUAUGGCCAGAUACAAGUCAAAAUGGCCCUUAUAACCCACGCCUAUUUCAAGGAGGGCGAUUUUAGUAAAGUGUCAAUACUAGAAGACACUUUUCAUCACCUCAAUGCUGUUUUAGGACAGGCUGAUAUUAAACAGCAAACCUAUGUUGGUUUAUCUACAAGAGAUUUUAUACUGCAAUGGAAACAUAAGGCUGUUCUACUAUUUAAACUAUUACUGUUAGAAAAACGUGUUAUAUUUUUUAAAUCUCCAGUGCUACCCUUAUGCUCGACUAUUCUCACAUUAGUGUCAUUGUUUCCCGAUAUGAUUGAAAAAGGUUUACAUCAGUCAGCAUGUAUUAGACUGUCUAGGCCCAUGUCUCCUAUGCCCGAGUUUUCUGACGAUGACUCCCCUUUAAGUACACCCACAAGGACCCAAAAUGGUGAUUUAAAUGGGAAAAAAGCAGACGAAACCUCAUUAAAUAUGAAAACUGUUGAAGUGAAUAACGAAAAUGGUAAAGAUGCAGUAGUGGAAAAUGGAAUAGAAAUUACUGAGUCUAUAAGUUUGCCAAAGGAAGAGAGUAAUGGUGUUUCAAGCCUAGGGGAAAAAACGAGCAGUCUCAGAAGAGACAUUAGCUCGGACACGAUAGCCGACUCGGUGCAAAGCAACAUGAACUAUCUCUCCCAGUUAAAAACGGAAAAUUGCGGAUUUCCUCUGGCCGUUUUCACUAAGGGCGCGUUAUGUUUGCCUUACCUCUCGCUGCCUUACUUGGACUUACUGACGGAUGUCAAUGUCAGAAGUUACAUAGUUGGCGCGACGAACGUUUUAUUCAAACAAAAGAGGCAACUGUUUGAUAUUUUGGUGGAUAUUGACGGAGGAAGAAUCGAGUGCCAGGACUUGACUCUUCGGAAACAUCUUCAUUUGACCACCGAAGACCUUCGAUUUGCCGAUUAUAUCGUAAAACAUGUCUCGGAAGAGAGACACGACGUAUUUCUGGACGGGGUGGGCUACGAAGGCGGAGACGACUGGAUCAGGGCCCAAUUUAGGGUCUAUUUAAUGUCGUUGCUUAGAACAUCGAUAUUACCAGACGGAUGCCGAGAAGCAGACCAUUUUAACAUAAACUUCGUCUCAGCAUGGAAAGAGACUCAUAAUUACAAGAUUUGGCUCAGCGGAAACCACGCUGGAAUUCUGGACGUUCAUCCCGGACAUCCGUUUGCAGGACAACUAUCGGUGGCCGAUAUGAAAUUAAGAUUUGCACAUACGAUGCAGACUACUGAGGGCGGUAGGAAGUUGGGACAAGCGAUGACAUCUACAGGAAGAGCUGUGGCUACAACAAGUAAAGCUGUAGGUGGAGCAAUUUCUCAAGCAAAAGGCGCAUUUUCCAGCUGGUGGAACAAUCUCCUAGUAAGUCCAGAGCCGGGCUUAACGAAAGAAAACAACGAGGAGGAAAUCGUGCAGGCCGAAGAGCCAUUACCAGCCGUUGAUUGUACACUACGAGGUAAUUCGCUUGCCAACGGUAGCCUGCAGCAAGAAAACGUAAAAAACGCAAUCAAAAGCGAGGAGAAUUUAAGCAGUAUUAAAGAAAUCUCAAAUAUGAACGGACAAGAUCUUUGCUUAAACGGUACCAGUGUUGAACACAAAAUUGGAGAAGUACACACGGUAUAGUCAAUAGAGAUUCAUUCAUCGUAUGCUCUGCAAAUAGUGAUUAUAUAAACAUUCCAAUCUUAAAUCGAAUUAUUUUAAAUAUUGUUUAAUACAGUGCCUUUAGGCACCGGUACAGUACUUUCUGAGUCACAUCCUACAGCUUCCUCAAAAAACAAUAUUACAUUAUAAAUUAUUGUGAUCGUAGUAGCAUUAUAUUUUUUUAUAUUUGUAUAAAUUAUUUAUUUAUUUAUUUUUUAGGUUUGUUUGCUCAGAAGCAGUUUUUAAAUAUCUUUUAUUUUAUGUUACGUUUGUUUAAGUUAUUCAUUCCUAUAAUACCGUUGCAAUAACUGCUUAUUUCCUACAUAAUAUUUUUCUACAUAUAUUAUAUUUUUAAAUGUAGGUAAUAUCAUAUUUUCAGUAGCCAAACUGUUAUUAUUAUUAUUAAAACAGGAAUAAUAUAAAAUCAAAAGUGUUCUUAGGAAAAUGUUAAUUCAUAUACCAUAGUAGCAAUUGUUAGUAGACGCAAUUCCAUAUGUACUUAAUGAAUUUUUAUAUUUUUUUGGAUAAUAAAUAGUAAGAUAAGAUUGGAUCGGGACACUAAAUAAACCAUGUAAAGAGGGCAACAAUAGGGUUCUAGACAUUAUUAGGUGUGUAGUAUAGAAGAUUGAGAAACGGUUAGAAUCAAAGUGAAAUAAUCUCUCUGUGAGUCCUGGUCCCAUUAACUGAUUUUUUACUCAUGUGAAAAUGUUUUCAUGUUUUCUUCCCAUAUUUUUUUGGACCUUUUUAGGUUUGCUGUACUAAAUUAAUAGACACUUGAAAUUUAGAGUUUUUUUAAGUGUGUAGAAGGGUUUAUUGAUUGAAAUAAACAUUUUCAAUACUA